CAGAAUCUUCUUCCCCAUCUCCGGCCCCUGCUCUGGCUCCUCCUACUCUCUCACAGUGACACACUCCGCCUAUCCAGCCAGUGACAGACCGGCAGCUCUGCGCCUCAGGCCGCCUCCAUUUCUAAAGACCCUUUCAUAGCCGGCCUUUAAAUCGUAUGGACCUUCCCCCUGGCCCGGCUUCCUCGGCUCCAGAGAAAGUGAUAGUGGGGCUUGUUGGUACCUCCCCCUCCCUGCCCAGCAUUGCCAGCCUCUCCCUGCCCGCCGCACACUGGGGAAGUGUGAGCGCCACGCCGCCUGCCCGGGACCUGACAGCCUACUGAAUUCCCAACACGGAAGAACAGCAGGCUCUUACCCAGAAGCAUAACAGUAAUAUUGAAACCAGCAAUUAUGCCUUUGGCAGAAGAAACGACUGUACUAGAUCCGCCUCGAACUGUGCCGAUAGUUAUUAUAGGCAAUGGCCCUUCAGGGAUCUGUUUGUCAUACAUGCUGUCAGGAUACAGACCAUACCUUUGCCCAGAUGCAGUGCAUCCUAAUUCAAUCCUUCAGAGCAAGCUUGAGGAAGCCAGGCACCUCUCUAUUCCAGAACAGGAUUUAGAAUACUUAUCCGAAGGUCUUGAAGGUCGCUCAUCCAAUCCAGUUGCAGUUUUAUUUGACACCCUUCUUCAUCCUAAUGCAGAUUUUGGGUAUGAUGAUUACCCAACUGUUCUGCAGUGGAAAUUAGAAUCAGAACAUUAUAUUCCCCAUUUGGUGCUGGGCAAAGGACCUCCUGGUGGUGCUUGGAACGAUAUGGAAGAAUCCAUGCUGACUCUUAGUUUAGGGGAUUGGAUGGAAUUGCCAGGACUUAAAUUUAAAGACUGGACACUGUGUAAUAGGAGAAAUUCAAAGAAUGACCGCGCUACGCCAGCAGAAGUGGCUUCCUAUUACAAGCAUUAUGUCAAGUUAAUGGGUCUCAAGAGAAAUUUCAUUGACAAUUCCUAUGUCACGUACGUGGCCAAAACUUACAGAGAACCAGAAGAGUCUGCAUGUGAGGAGACUACGCGGAUUUUAUCAGAACAGGCACAACACAAACAAAACCACGACUACUUGAAAAACUGGGAAAUUCAAGGCUACCGAAGAGCAGCUGAUGGGUCACGUGAGCCUUUUUGUCUUUUUGCUGAGACCGUGGUCCUUGCCACAGGAACAUUUGAUGCACCGGCACGGCUAGAAGUGAAUGGAGAAGACUUGCCUUACGUUGCACACUCUCUGACAGAGUUUGAAGCAGCCGUAUGUAAAGGAAAAUUUAGGGGAACAACAGACCCUGUGCUUAUUGUAGGAGCAGGGUUGACAGCUGCCGAUGCAGUUCUUUGUGCCCACAGCCACAACAUUCCCGUCAUACAUGUUUUCCGUAGACGACUUAAUGAUCCAAACUUGAUUUUCAAGCAGUUGCCUAAAAAACUGUAUCCAGAAUAUCACAGAGUGUACCACAUGAUGUGUACCCAGUCUUAUGGAACAAGUUCUAUUCACACCAAAUAUACAAGCUUUCCUGAGCACUGUGUGCUUUCUUUUAAUCCAGAUAUGAAAUGUGUCCUGCAGAGUAGCUCUGGACUGAAGAAAGUAUUCAAAAUAUCCAAGGCCUUGGUUCUGAUAGGUUCUCACCCCAAUCUUUUUUUCUUAAAAGAGCAAGGUCGAAGCCUUGGGCACCACCCAAACCAGCCCAUUGCAUGCAAGGGUAAUCCAGUGGAGAUAAACCCUUACACUUAUGAAGCCUCCAAGGAACCUAACCUUUUUGCACUGGGACCACUGGUGGGUGACAACUUUAUUAGGUUCCUCAAAGGCGGGGCGCUUGCCAUAACACGAUGCCUGGAGAUGCGACUCAAGAAUAAGAAUCAAAUAGAUGAAAGUGCCAGUAAUAACGGGGUGUGCUAAAAAUGAAGCUGCUCCCUUAAAACAUUCCCCUGAUUAAAAGCAAAAUCUGUAAGUUUGCAGAUAUCAUCAGUAUGUGUCAGGCACAGUGUAUCAUAAUGAUCAUGACCCUGUGGAGAAAAAAAGUGCUGCUCUUUGUACAAAGAUCAACAGUUACACACUGUUUUCUAGUCAUGUCGCUGAAUUAAAUAAGUACGCACAUAAUGUAUAUAGAUUUUUUUUUUUUAAAGUAACAUUUAUGUAUUGUAUCUCAUUGGCUGCUGAAUUUGAAUGCCUUUUUUAUUAUUUUGGUUCCAGAAUUGAACACUACAAAAAAAAUACUCUUUGGAGCAUCUUAAAAGAUGUAUUUCAAAUUGGCGUGCGCAUAAUGCCAGAUUCCUGAGAAUCUGAGCCUUUUUUCCGUCAGGAUUCGGCCUGGUUGAACCAAAUACGAACCCUUAAAUCACAUGCUAAUAUGCAUACACAAAUUAGGGCUCAGAUUUGGCCAAAUCCAGAAAAAAAGGGCAUUUGUUACCUCCCUAAUGGCUAACAGAGAAAACUACUCUUAUUGCUAAUGUUUACUAGAAACAUGUCAUUAUAUAUUUAAUAGGAGAGACCGUUAGUACUUGUUUACGGAAUGUUUUAAAUCAAAGUGCUCUUAUACAGAAAUCUUAAUGUGAAUCGUUUUCUAAAUCAGAAUUCUCUAGUUUGAGACAGAAGUGAACAUUUUUAAAGGAAAGAUUAUAUAAUGGAAAGUUUACAAAUGAAAUUCAGGCACAGCUUGACACAGUAGUUCUCGGACAGCUUCACUUCAUUAGUUUUUGUUUAUUAUUUACAUCACUCUGAUUGCCAUGGGUUACAGGAAUGGAACAAAUGGCGGCUUUGUUUGUGCCUUUUACUGUAACAAUCUAAUAAUACAUUUGAGGAAGGAUAAAGCUGCGUGACACUUGCAACAUCGAACCAAUCGGGGCUGCUUUUAUGUUUGGCUGAAAAUGAAACCUGUAAAAAUUAAUAGAGAACAGAACCUAUGAAUUUCUCGCAAAGCUGUGAGUGUGGGCCCUGCAGAGCAUGCUUAGAAGCUUUAACCAGUCAUCAGAGUAACAACAUCUAAUCGCAAAGGCCAUUUCUGCUGUUUGUUUCUUUUAGUUGUUCUUCCAGUGGGCAGAAUUUUUAAUAUAUUGCCAAGCAUAAAUCACUAGGGUAUGUUGUGAUUGCUUGCAGCAAUUAUUCCCUAAUAAAAUUACACUAAGGACACAUUUAUUAAACAUUGAGGACUUUUAUUUGUAGGCAGAUACAAGCUAAUCAAGUUUCCCCUUGGUUUAUGAAUGUAUUUCUGGUCUGGCUUUGAGCAGCUUUUUUAAUUUAAUUGUGCCCCCAGCCCAUUAAUUUUGUUAAGUAGGCUUUCUUUAGCUAUUGGAAGCCUGUACAUUGCAAGAACUGUGGAAUGUUCAUAUGCUGAAGACCAUAUCUCUAUGAAACAAAGGGUACAAUAGCUUUGUACCCUACACCAGUGCCUACAUAGGUCUAAUAGUAUUCCUCUAUGAGACAUUCAUACAUCUUAUCCUUGCACUUCAUGUUAUACAUUGUCUGUAUGAGUACAGAUUUUUAUUAUGACAGAUUGACCUGUCAACAAAGCUGAGCCAUUGAUGGAUUUUUUGUAACUUAGCCUCUAUCCCUAUCCGUGACUUCAAAGAAAAUUGCAUAGGUCAGAUAUUCAGCUGUAAGGAUCACUCACAGGAAUGCUGGUUGUAAAAACUAUAGGAGGAGAUUUUAAAGAUGCACUAAAUCUUAAUUAAGAACUUGGCUAGAAAUGGUACACAUUAUGUUUUUGUAGUUCUGUACCAGCACAAGGAAACCAUAGUUCCUUAGCAGGGAAGAUCUGUUCCUCUCAAUGUGCCCCCAUCUUCUUUUCCACUGACUCAUAAAGAUGUAAGCCUUGAUGCAAAGCUAAUUAGUCAUCACGCCUAAUUUAUAUUACAAGGCAGCUCAGAAACCUGUGCAUUUGGAUCAGAAAUGGGUCCGUUAGCAUCGACUUUAUUACAGAUCAACCUCAUUUUCUGCUUCAUGAUUCCUGAUUAAUUCUAAGCUUGAUUUGCUAGCUUCUCAGCAGAAGCCCAGAGCACACUGAGCAUGUGUCAGGGUCACUGGCACAAAAGAUGGCCUGGCAAGAUCCAACAUGGAGAGUUUUUGUGGACAAUUUUGAAGGCCUAUAUCAUUGAUAUAACAGACCUACUGAACCUCUCUGCAGGUACAGUAAAUUUCAUAUAUAAAGUACAUUAUUUCUAGCCAUAUUCAGUUUAAGACUUUAGUUCUCCUUUAAUUGGGUUCCUUGCAUAUGAGCACUUGUAGAAUAUGUUAGCUAAAUUAAAAUGCACUUGGUCUCCGAAGGUACUUUUGCAUUUAGAUGCCAUUUUUAGAUCCCCCAGGUAAGUGGGAUAUUUAAUGCUGGAGAUGUUUGUAAGGGAAAUAUACUACACUAAAUAUAUUUGAAUGAUACCGAAGUUGCAGAUUUUGCUUGUAUUUAUUCAGCUCCGACAGUAUUCCCCAUAGCCCUGCCUUCAGCCAUGCAAUUCCAGUACCAGCCACUUCUCAACUGUGUUUUGUUACCCAUCUUUCUGCUUUCAAUGCUGAACAUAACAAUUUGCUGUGCAAAUCUACAGUGGGGUGAGGAUGCAAGUUUAUAUUAUGCCAUAUACUUAUUUUAUAUGAAAAAUAAAACUUAUAAAACAUG